AUGUUGCCAACACCUUCAACCUCACAUGUCUGCUUCGAUCGCGUCUACGAACCAGCCGAAGACUCGUAUCUGCUGCUAGACACGCUCUCGUCGCCGUCAGAAACCGCGUUCCUGCGCGAUCGCUUCAAUGGAGAAUCGUUAGCCCCGCCAUUAGUCCUCGAAGUGGGCGUCGGUUCAGGCGUUGUCCUGGCUUUCGUUGCGGCCAAUGCGGAGAGCAUCUUUGGUCGACAUGAUGUGCUGACGCUGGGGACUGAUAUCAACAGCUUUGCGUGUAAGGCUGCGGCGCAGACUGCUCGCAAUGCGAUAAAGGAACGCGAUAAUGGACGGUCGGUUUUCCUGGAUGUGGUGAACGGCGACCUGGCGACUGCAAUCCGGCCAAAUUCAGUCGACGUCUUCAUAUUUAACCCGCCAUAUGUGCCUGCCGAACUGCCAGAUUUCACACGCCAUGACCAGCACAACGCGAUUCCAGGGGGCAAGGAUGCGACAUCGUUUGAACAAGACUCGUAUCUCCUAGAGUUGUCGUAUGCUGGCGGAGAAGAUGGUAUGGUGGUGACGAACAGGAUGCUGGAACAGGUACCGGAGAUUCUGAGCAAGGGAAGAGAACAAGCCAGAAGUGGUGAAGCAGGAGAUAAGAGCUUGGGGCCAGCAGGCUGGGAGGCGGAGACAGUAGGUCAGAGCGGAAAGAAGGCUGGGUGGGAGAAGUUGGUGAUCGUGAGGAUUUGGAAGGGCGCGGGUUGA